GUGAAUUUUGUUUUAAUCACUUCGUGGUGAGGUCAUAUCCGUUGGCCAUACUGCUAGUUGAUCCUCUCGGUUUCCGUGAUUAAUUCGAUGAUGGGAAGACGCAAUUCUGAGAAUAAUGACCGUCGAACUGAACAAUUCCGCAAACUGUUUAUAGGAGGUCUGACUCCUCUCACUACAGAAGCCAAGUUGAAGGACUUUUACUCACAAUGGGGAGAGAUUGUGGACGUAGUGGUGAUGAAAGAUAGUCGUACAAACCGUUCUAGAGGUUUUGGAUUUAUAACAUACAAGGAACCAGAGAUGGUGGAUGCUGCCCAAGCUAACAGGCCACAUGAGAUUGAUGGCAAGACAGUAGAGGCUAAACGAGCGAUGCCACGUGAAGAUUCCAACAGUCCUGAGUCUCACAUGACGGUGACUAAACUCUUCGUUGGCGGAUUGAAGAAGGAUGUAACUCAAGAGGAACUGCGUGAAUAUUUCAGCAAGUAUGGCAAUAUCACCGAGUGUGAAGUGGUUUCCUGGAAGGAAACGGGCGAGUCACGUGGUUUUGGUUUCGUCACGUUCGAUGACUACGACCCUGUUGACAAGGCUAUCUUGUACAAGCCCCAUCACAUAGGCUCCAGCAGAGCAGAUGUCAAGAAAGCCCUCAGUAAAGAGCAAAUCAAUACAAUGAAAAAGAAGCAGGAGUCCAGGAAUGACUAUAAUAACAACUAUGGUGGCGGUGGCUAUGGCCCAAUGGGUGGUGGUGGUGGCUACGGCGGAUACGAAGGAGGCUAUGGAGGAUCUUACGGAGGUGGUCCUUAUGGUGGAUAUGGUGCGAAUGGCGGAGGUGGUGGUGGCUACGGUGGCGGUGGUUAUGGAGGCGGCUGGGGUCACAACCACAUGAAUGGGGAUGGCCCAGGUUGGGGUCAAGGAGGAAUGGGUGAUGGAUUUGGUCACUACGGAAACCAGCAGAACUAUGCCGGCGGUCCGAUGCGAGGCGGUCCACCGGGUGGCGGCUACCAACGGAAUGCUCCCUACGGAGGGGGCUAUGGCCGUCGUUAG